GUCAGGUUAUGUAAUUGUACUGAACAUGCAAAUGAAAUGAUGAAAGUUAAGUUUCGUUUUGAGGCAGAAGUAGAAAUACACAUUUCUGUGCAUGUAUUGGACCUGGCGGUUGAUUUAAACUAUAGUCUUGUUGAUUACCGGGUUUUUCCUAAAUUAGGUUUUGUUUUUGUUUUCAUACGAGAAAAGUUAGCCUACACAAAAUGCAUCACACACACAAGAAGAGAGUUCCCUUUGGUUUUCUGGAAGAUCAACAUAGAGGAAAUGAACAGGUUUCUCACAAACACAAUUUUUCAAGUGGACGCGAGUGGCAAAGCAGACGUUCAGAACGUGUGAGGAAGGGGCCAAACAGUAGCCAUACUGUUUUUCAACCUGUGAGGAGAGGAGCCGCUUUGUAUAAUCGGCAACAAUCAACAGCACCCAGAGGUGAUGAAACAAAUUCCAAGACAAUUUUGCCUAAUAUUGUAAAGGAUCAACAGCCAUUAAACACUGGGACAAGUCAACAGCAGAAUAUUAAUUUAAAUGAGUCCUUGAUUCAAGCUGAACCUCUGAGCCUUUAUAGGAAAAAAAGACUGGAAGUAGAGAACGCAGUCAAUGCUGAGAGUAAUCUUGUCCUCUCUGCAGAGCUGUGGAGCUCAAAUGACACAGUGUUUUAUCUGACAGUAUCUUGCCAUCUAAUAAAUGAAAACUGGAUGCAGAAAUCCUAUGUGCUAGAUACAGCUCACCUCCUCACCGAGCGUACACCGGAAAAUGUUGUAAAGCAACUGAUGAGAAUUUCAACUGAGUGGAACAUCACAGACAAGAUUCAAGUUGUAGUCACAAAUGUUGAUGGCAUAAAAAAGGUCGACAAAAGUUCAUGCAAAUGGACAUUUAUACCUUGUUUUGCCCAUACGCUGGAUAAAGUGUGGCUUGAAACAAAGCGUGACUCUGGCUUGAAACAUCUGUUGGGAAAAUGUCAGCAAAUAGUUGCAUUUUUUCACCAAAACAUCAAAGCUUCAGAAAGCCUCCAGAAGCAUCGCUCUCACCUCAAACUCCAAAGAAAUGAUCUGAUUCAGAGCACUGAUCUAAGGUGGCUUCCUACACUUCACAUGCUUCAGAACAUCUUAGAGCUGCGGCCUGCCAUUUUUAAGGUUUUUACUGAAAGUCAAGGAGCUAACCUUUCCCUAAGUGAAAGUGAAAUAAAACUAUUAAAGGACAUUGUAGAAGUACUGAAUAUUCUGAAAGAGAUGACAAAAGAAAUAGGAACUGAACAGUACAGCGCCAUCUCAAACAUCAUACCGCUGGUCCAGAAAUUACAGGUAGAACUGAGAAAUCUGGGAGUGAUUGGGAACACAAUAGCACAGACGCUGUCUGAAAAAUGUGACUAUCAUAUCGGCAACAUCAAGCAAAAUAUUUGGUUUAGAGUUAGCACAGCGCUGGACCCACGACACAAAACCUGUUUGCUGUGCGAUGGGGUUGAAGAUGUCAAAACAGAAAUCAGAUCAGAGAUCAGGGAAAACACACAAACUGUACACAGCAGUUGUGAAACUAGCAAUGAAGAGCUGAUUCUGCAAAAAUACUGGAAAAUAAACAAUUCAGAGAACCCACUUGAAUUCUGGAAGAGCAGAGUUGAGUUUAAACAACUGGCCACAGUCGCUCGCAAGUACCUCACAGUGGUCUCCACUGCAAUUCCAAUUGAACGUGUGCAUCAGCUGGAACAAUCACAGGCCAUCAACAGGAGGAACUGGAUGGACCCAAAAGAUUUAAAUAUGAUCCUGUUUUUAAACAACAACAAACUAUGAAAAUAUGAAAAUAACAAAUUGUGUGUAUAUACUGUAUAUGUCAAGACAGCUGAAAGGCCUUGCUAAAGUUUACAUAAUCUAAUGCAUAACAAUGUUUCAACGGGUUUGCAUUAACAUGUAAUCAAUAGGGUGAUAUGAUAAUAAAGCAUAUUUGGUGUGUUGUGUGAACCCAGAGUACCCCCCCCCCCCCCAUCUAUCUGGGAUAGAUGUAAGAGUGAGGCAGGGGCAGACUGGCCAUCUGGAGCACUGGGACGUUUCCCGGUCUGGCCUGGCGGUCAUUCUGUCCUCCCGUGCACCCAGCUCAGGUUGAUGUAGUCUUAAGGUCAAUACAAGGUCUGAAUACUGAAGGUCUGGUGUUUUUUCCGCUGCUUUUUCUGGACAAAAACAACCAAUCACAGUUUGUUUCGUCUAGCGUCACGUUUCAGACUCCCCACAAUAAUAAAACGGCUGGCAACAAGUCAGUUAUUGAAAUAAUCAUCCGCAACCGAAUAGCAUCUUAAUAAACAACAUUACUCACCAUAGAAUAACGUUUUGCACUUCAUCAACAGCCACACCAAUGAGAUGCUCUUGUUAAACGUCUGUUGAAGCAUAUCUCUCCAUUUUAUAACACAUACAAGCAAUUCAGGAGAAGCAAACUUUUUGACUCCACUUUUUGCCUCAAGCAAAACUCUCGGACGUCUUUUAGAGAGUCUAUGCCGCGAAAUUUGGAUAUUUUUAAGAAUUAAAUAUUUAGCUGAUCAUGAUAACUGGUCAUUUUUAUCCACGUGAACACGACUGAUUCUCUUCCCCAAUGGAACGUCAGAGCUUUGUUUUCCAGGGACCGAAUCGUGUCUCCUAGAAAUCCGGUUCAUUUCAACCAAUCAAAGACGAAUUUGACAUUCCCACAGGGUUUCCAGAAAAGUGUAUGGUAAACAUCAGACAUUUAGCCAACAAUCUGUGGGCGUGAUGUCUGAGGCUGAGACUAGGUUGAUGUCAUAUGGAUCGUUUCUCAAUCCGAAAGCUGCAGCCUUCGGAGGUGGCAUAUGCAGGCUACAUACGUUAUCAAGCCUGGUUUAUUUCAGUUAACUGAGCAUUAGAUUAGCAAGUCAUAAUUAGCACAACAAUUUACGAUUGAUAAAAAAUAAUAGUAAACUUUAUAAUUGUUAAUAUUCUGAAAUAAGACUUGAUGAUGUAUGCCUUUCUAAAAAUGCGACCUCCGGAGGCUGCGUGCCUUCGGAUAACACGGUCUCACACCCAUGGCGUCAAUAUUUGACGACACUUGACCAUGCGUCAAUAUGUUGACGCGGAGGGUAUACCUUUCGCGUCAUUUUUUGACGAACUGGGGACUUCAAUACUAUUAGGUACGCGAAAUUAAACAGUUGUCGCCUGGCAUUGGGGUUAGGGAAAGGUUUGGGUAGGGAUGUCAUUAUGUAAAUCUAACCCUAAACCGACGCGAAAAUGGUAGAAAAUGGUAAGAAAAUAGGAAAGAGAAUGCAACGGACUUAAUAGUAUUGAAGUCCCCAGUUCGUCAAAAAAUGACGCGAAAGGUAUACCCUCCGCGUCAACAUAUUGACGCAUGGUCAAGUGUCGUCAAAUAUUGACGCCAUGGGGUGAGACUGGGUUGCUUCGGAUUGAGAAACGGUUCUAAAAAUCUACGAAUCAGGCAAUCGCGGUGCGAAAAUGCCACCACAUAACCUUUUUGACUUUAUCUGAGAAAUAUGCAGCAGCACAAACGCAAAGGAGAAGCAGAAAGAGAAAGACUGAAAUAUUCGCCAAGAAGGGAGCAGGUCAGGGAGCAGGUCAGUCAGAUUACCAGUAAAGUCACAAUGCAUUGAUUUGUUUACAGUCCUUACCGCUCAGAAAGCUUCAAGCAGAUCCUUAAAGAGUAACUAAACCCUAAUCCAACUUUUUUUAGUUAAUGAUCUGUAAGAAUGAUGGUUUAUUAGUGCUGUUCAUUGAUUUUAGUAAGUUUUUUGACAUUUGGAUAUAAAGUGUUUCAAUACUACAAUAUAUGUUGUAAAAACGUCUGAGUGCUGCCCUCUUCAGGUUGAACGGUGGCUACUGCAGUUGAAUUUUCCUAUUGGAUGUUGGGUCCAAAAAAUGACUCGUGACGUAAGCAGGUUUAAGCUCACCACGGCCUUGUUACGAUCUCACCACACACUUGGUACGAGCUUAGUUCAUCCCCUCUAUCUCCGUAGGGAUCUGCCCACUUUUCUUGCAUUUUUCAAAUAUUGCCAGUGGGGGGAGUCAGGCUCUGACCAGGGGUUUAGUUACGCUUUAAUUUGCACUUUAAAUAAGCUUUUCAUUCAACCAUAGCUGAACAAGAAAGGGGGAUAUGUGACGUUUAUAAUUUUAUAAAACUUUGUUUUUGUUAUAAACUGUAUCAAAAGUGCAAAUCAUGCUUUUUUUACAGUCAUUACACCUUUUAAAUUGCAGCUCUCUAAAAUGUCUUAAAAAAUCUA